CAGUAUGUCCGGGCGGCCCGUGAAGGCAGCACCAGAGGAUGAAGGGGGCUGUCACCAAGCUAGCGUUAGCCACACGAUGCUAACUGCAUUGAACGCACCAGCUCCGUCAACAUGCUCCUGAGUGUCUAUCUCCGGUUUUUAGCCGCGGAGCUUCUCUAAAUCCCGGGUUAGCUCGUUCACGAUGCAGCGCUUCAACGAGCCGAGCUAGCCGGGCCGGCGGACUCUGCGUUCCCCGGUCGUCUUGGCCGCAGUCGGCUCGCUAACCCCGGAGCGAGUUGUUGUUAGCUUUAAGCACUUAGCCUGGCGAACAUGGCGAUCGUGUCCGGCUCCUGCGCCCGGGUCAACGGCUCCAGGAACGGGCCCUCCGCGGCCGCGACGCCCUCCGGCUCCGUGGGGCAGUCCCAGCCCAUGAUCGCGGUGUGGGAGUGGCAGGACGACCUGGGCUUCUGGCGGCCGUACAGCGGCCAGGUGAGCGCCCACAUCGAGCGGUGCCUGUCGCCGCGGGGCCACCGAGGAGCGGGACACGGCUCCACGAGCAUCUGCCUCGGACAAUCAGACCCCAGCCUGUCGCCUUAUCUCAUCGACAUCCCGAGCCUGAAGCAGUUCCGCCAGGACACAGGAAAGACCCGGUCGGUUCGCCGGUCCCUGUUCGCUCAGUCCUCCGGCCUCGGCAGCGGAGUCUACUGGGAAUGGGCCAACGACGAGGGAGGGUGGACUCCGUAUGAGACCCGAACCUCCAUCCUUCUGGAGCACAGCUAUCAGGCGCGUCAAGGCACCGCGGACCUGGGCCCUCAUGGAUAUAAUUACAUCGUGGAUCUCACGUCUCUGGCCCAGGUGAACAAAGCCACGGGCUUCAGGCGGCAGGUGCGACGUCAGUGUAACCUCCCGUACCCGCUGGCCUCCAACGGCCCCCCAGCCAUCCCCUCGGGCCCCGCGGGCCCCCCCGCCAUCCCCUCGGGCCCUGCGUGCUCCUGCCAGCAGUGUUUGAGCCACAGCAGCACGGGGCCCAUUCCCAGCCGGUCACGACACUCCUUCUCGUCGGGGAGUCUGAACAGGCCCAGCCUCCAGGUGACCGGGAGGGCUGUGCCCACUCACCCCACAUCGGUCUACUCGCCCUACCCACGGAGACCCCUCUCUGUGGGGGCGAUGUCCUGGGGCAGCCCCUGGCCUCCACCCCCCUCUGGUAGUCAACUGGCUGCGCCGCAUCUGACCAGCUCCGCCAGUGCAAAUGGGUUAAGCGUCCCCUCCAUCGCUGUGCAGCUGAACGGAUCCACCAGCGUCAGCUCGGCCCUGGCAGGCAUGGCCUCCAUUUUGAUGUCAGCAGUGGGACUCGGCGUGCACUUCACCAAUGCCCCCCUCCCUCCGCAGCAGCAGCAGCAGCAGCAGCAUCCACAGCCUCCUCAGCUUCAGCAGCAGCAUCCUGCUCCUUUCUCUCUUCCUCCUCCUCUCCUCCCCCCCGCCAGCAGGCCCAGCAAGCCCCACAGCAGCAGCAGCAGCAGCAGCAGUUCAGUUAGGAGAGCAAAGAGGCAGCACAGGAGAGCCUCGGCUCAGAGAUCUGAGGACGUGAUCCGGCGCUACAUGGAGGUGGUGGCCGGCGUGCCCGACGAGGACUGCAUCAUCUGCAUGGACCAACUGUCCAACCCGUCCGGCUACGAGACGCCGGCCAGCGACGCCGGCGGCCACAACAUCCUCCCGGACAACGUGGGCAAAUUCAUCAAGUGUGGCCACACGCUGCACAUGCUCUGCAUGCUGGCCAUGUACAACAACGGAACCAAGGACGGCAGCCUGCAGUGUCCCUCGUGUAAGACAAUCUACGGAGAGAAGACCGGCACGCAGCCCAAAGGCAAGAUGGAGAUCUACAGCAUCGCCCAGUCGCUGCCCGGCCACCCGGACUGUGGCACCAUCCAGAUCAUCUACAGCAUCCCCCCUGGCCUACAGGGGCCGGAGCAUCCUAACCCCGGGCAGCCGUUCAGCUGCAGAGGCUUCCCUCGCUUCUGCUUCAUCCCCGACAACGACAAAGGCCGGAAGGUGCUGGAGCUGCUGAAGAUGGCGUGGAUGCGGCGCCUCAUCUUCACCGUGGGCACGUCCAGCACCACGGGGGAGCCGGACACCGUGGUGUGGAACGGGAUCCACCACAAGACGGAGAUGAUGUCCAACUUGUCGGGCCACGGCUUCCCCGACCCCAACUACCUGGACAAUGCUCUGUCUGAGCUGGCGUCUCAGGGCGUGACCGAGGCCUGCCUCAAACCUCCAGGGGGCGCCACCGGCGGGAGCAGCUAGGCCUCAGCUCCCGGCUUCACACGCUUCCACUCAGAGCCGACCACAGACGUUACCCACCUCAACGACCCGGGGGACCUUCUGCCACCUCCAUCAUUUAGUAGAAGACAGCGUCCAGGGGGAAGGGGGGGGUGGGUUGAGGACAGGUCAUGGAGCUUCUCUGUGGAAGGGGCGGGGCUGAGAGCGGAAGGGGCGGGGCUGAGAUCCACAUUCCCACACAUCACAUAUUCCAGGAGACUGAACUCAGAGAGAAACUCGUGUUUUAUCAAACCUCCACGAACUGGACACGACUUCUCUUGACUUUGUUUUUCCAUCGACACUCGUUUGUUCCCAGUGACAGAGAAUCGGGACCAGUUUGAGGAAAACGACAAUGAAGAGGAAAUGUUACCGUACAAAAAGUCGGAAUGUUACGAGAAUUAAGUUGUAAUUUUGAUCAUAAAGUGAUAAUUUUGCAAAGAAAAACAAUAAUUUCCAAGUUGGUUUGAGAUUUUAAAUCCAGAAUUUACUGCACAUUUUUCUUUAUCUGGAAAUAUUACGACUUUUCUCUUGUAUUGUCACAAUGUUGUUAACGCACUACUUUGACUUUGUUAUUAUUAUCAGGUCCCUUUUAUCAUAACAAUGACUUUAACCUCCGAAUGUUACGACUUUGCUCUCGUAACAUUUUCACCUUGUUCACAAACACGUGUUCUUCAUCUCGGCCCCCCCCCCCCACCGCUCGUCAUCCUCAUCGUCCAGUGGCCAUGAGAACGGCAGCUCUCUCUCUCUCAAAAGUCUCAUGAAGCACUUUAGUUCUGACGGCAGUGCGUUUAGCGGAGUGACUGGUUUCCAGUGGAAGGGCCGUGAACUGGUUUUAAAUUGGGAUGUUAUGCAAUUCAAGUGUUUCCAGCGGGAAACGUUUGUGUUUAGUUCGACGUCACUGAAACCUUCGUAGCACAGCGAGUUUAUACGAACCCGGGGCAAUGCGUUACUGUAAAUACAAAUAAACAGGAGUGAAUGGACAAUAUGUAGAAAACAAACAAACAAACAGACUGGGGGGGGGGGAUAAAGUUGUAUAUUUUGAAAGGUUAACUUCUGAUUUGAGGUCACAGUUCAUUCCCUGAUUUGAGGAACAGACGUGUGAUGCACUCGCUCCCGGUUCCUCUCGUGGGUUAGACGGUUGUUUGUCACUUAAUGUUUGUGUUGCCGUGUGAGAAGAGACGAGGUGAUUAGAGUGAAAGUCUGGAGAAGAACGUUUUGUGACAAUCAAGGUCAUGGAACUCGUGUUGAUGGAACGAGCCGGCUGCCGACUCUCCUCCUGUACUCGCAUCACUCUGCUCACAGUCGCUGGACUGGGUUUUGACAUGUAAACAAGCAAAACUGAAAAAAGUCUGCAAUAAAGAAAUGAAGCAAAAUGA